AUGCGUGUCGAUCCAAGUUCUGGAAAGCUGUAUACUCUCAUAACAACUGAGGUUUUCGGCAUCAUCCGGUCAAUGAUGCCUUUUCGCCUAACUGGUGGCAAUAAAGGUUUUGCAUUCUGAUUUCAUCUAAAAUCAUUGUUUCAGAUUACAUAGUUAUUGGCUCAGACUCCGGUCGCAUCGUCAUACUUGAGUACAUUGCGUCUAAAAAUGUAUUCGAGCGUGUACAGCAGGAGACUUUUGGGAAAAGCGGCUGUCGUCGGAUAGUACCUGGUCAGUAUCUGGCAGUCGACCCCAAGGGUCGAGCUAUCAUGAUUGGUGCCGUCGAGAAGCAAAAGUUGGUGUACGUCAUGAAUCGAGACUCCCAGGCCCGCCUCACAAUAUCAUCCCCCUUAGAAGCCCAUAAGUCCAAUACGCUUGUUUACCACAUGGUCGGAGUUGACGUAGGCUUUGACAAUCCCACAUUUGCUUGCAUAGAAAUGGACUAUGAAGAGGCCGAUCAAGACCCUACUGGCGAAGCAGCACGGUCGGCCCACCAGCUACUAACCUACUAUGAAUUAGAUUUGGGACUGAACCACGUCGUACGCAAGUACUCCGAACCAUUGGAAGAACACGCAAACUUCCUGAUUACAGUACCAGGCGGCAGUGAGGUCCACUCGGGUCUCCUCAUUUGUUCGGAGAACUAUAUAACGUACAAGAAUUUCGGUGAUGAGCCGGAUAUCCGUUGUCCAAUUCCACAACGCCGCAAUGACUUAGAUGAUCCCGACAGGGGAUUGUUAUUCGUGUGUAGCGCAACUCACAGGACUAAGGUAGUCUUCUUGACGUCUUACACUCUGUUUUAGAACCUUUUCUUUUUCCUGGCCCAAACAGAACAGGGUGAUAUAUUCAAGAUCAAUCUCGAGAAAGAUAAGGAAACAAUUACGGAAAUUAAAGUAAAAUAUUUUGACACUGUCCCUGUGGCCACGGCGAUGUGUGUCCUAAAAACAGGUUUCUUGUUCACAGCCUCAGAAUUUGGCAACCAGUAGGUCCUUAUUUCCCACGGUCACCUCCCCUUGUAGCUAUCUUUACCAAAUUGCACACCUUGGGGACAAUGACGAUGAGCCAGAAUUUUCCUCGGCCAUGCCACUUGAAGAGGGGGAUACCUUUUACUUUUCUCCUCGUGGACUUAAAAAUUUGAUUGAGGUCGAUGUGCUGGAGGGUUUAUCGCCAAUAACCAGCUUACAUGUAAUGAAAUCGGUUUUGUUUAUAGUUUUGACUUUUAGAUCGCUGACCUCGCGAAUGAAGACACACCGCAGCUUGCAGUCGUUUGUGGCAGAGGUCCGCGCUCAACUUUUCGUUUGCUUCGUCACGGCCUUGAGGUUACUGAAAUGGCCAAAUCUGAUCUCCCUGGUAGUCCGAACGCAGUUUGGACUGUAAAGCGCAACUCAGAAGGUAGACUACAUAAUUUUCUAACUUCUUCGUCACUUGUAGAGGAGUAUGAUGCCUACAUUAUUGUCUCUUUCGUGAACGCUACGCUCGUCCUGUCCAUCGGCGAGACAGUCGAAGAAGUUACAGAUUCCGGUUUUCUAGGCACUACGCCUACCCUUACCUGCUCACAGCUCGGUGAUGAUGCUCUGGUGCAAGUCUACCCAGAAGGCAUUCGGCACAUUCGGGCGGACAGGCGAAUAAACGUGUGGAGAACCCCCGGGAAAAAGGCAAUUCAAAAGUGCGCUGUAAAUUCGCGUCAAGUGGUGAUAGCACUUACCGGCGGCGAACUUGUCUACUUUGAAAUGGACGUGACUGGGCAGUUGAACGAGUAUACCGAGCGCAAGGAAAUGCCUGCUGAUGUCAUAUGUAUGGCCUUGGGUCGUAUAAAUGCCAAUGAACAACGCUCACGGUUUCUAGCUGUUGGACUAGCUGACAACACUGUGCGCAUCCUAUCACUGGAUCCCUCGGUACGUAAAAAUGCCUCCUUUUAUGUCAUGAUUAUCACAUGAGAUCUUGACGGUCUCUUAAGGACUCAGACAACCACAUGUUAUGCGCCAGAGUUGAGUAGAAUGAGUAGGCAGAGUCAUUAGAAAGUCAGAGAAGAUAAGCGGUACAACGCCAUCACUGAUAUCUGUUUAUUGUCAUGUUCGACAGGAUUUUUUAUCUAACAUGAGGUUGGUCGUCGCUAGUACAACCAGGUGGCAUAAUUUGUUCGACAACACUGCGUUUUCACAUGUACCACCUGUGUUAUUGCCUGAGAUCUUAACGUCAUCCGCCUCACACCUACUUAAGCAAGCGACCACGCGGAAAUAGAUCCGGACAUCCAGAGCAUCUGAUCUGACAGAAACAGUUCUGGUAACGAAGUGCUUAAAUGAUUAGGUAUGAAUAUAACCGCUUACAAUCCAUCGUGGGUAAUUUUCACAGGAAUUAGUCGGUGUUACUUUAAGACAGACGGCCCAUCUUAUUCAGCAACUCUGAGAGACGAGGUUUUGGAUCCAUACAGCUGAACGUAUUAGUCGUAGCCUAUGCAUUCUGUCUCUAACCGCCAACGAACAUUGAAUUGGCGCUGCUCCCCUCGUCUCACAAGAAGUCGCACCUGGGCGUUGGGGUAGUCCAGAGGUAUUUUGAGCCGGUGGAAUUCUGAUGGACGGCUGAUCGAACCGUUAACAGGGAUUACUCAGCUAGACUUAUGAUUGACAGGCCUUUCUAAUCACGGCGGUCGCCUUUUCACUCGCCAAUAUGUCUAGCACGCACAUGACAAUAACUUAUAUCCGUGCUGUUGGGACUGAUACGGUCUAGAAGAAACAUCCUGCACUUUUAAGAAUCAAUGUCCAAUCGAUGGACCCCCUGGAAUGGUCAUCAUUUCAAAUGUAGCCCGUAUCUGCCUAGUGUCACCUCUAGGCUAAGUUAUGUCUAUUAAAAGAUGUUAUUUAACACUUGGCAUUGCCCCAUGUUGUCGCUCUUUAUGGUGAUGUUACAAAGCUAAAAUUACGAAGUGAGGUUUGGGAUAAUUCAUUUGAGGUCUGAUAUCAUCGAACCCAUUGGUGUUCCCUUAAUCUGCUCGUAGUGGGGUCGUCGUGUAGGGGUUCAUCACGUUUUUAGCGGCCAACUCAUGUAGUAUGGCAGAAACAAGGCGUCAAACGAAAGAGUACCUUUAUCAGAACGUGCCUAAACCUUGUGUUCUUGGGAGCUUUGCAUGAGUGUUGGUGGUGAUAUAGUGGGAACCGGCUGCAAGGCGUUCUAGGCAUCUACCAAAGCGCUUGACAAAGUCGCAUAUAGGUGUUUAGACGAGUCGUAUUGUAAUUCUAAUAAGUGUACCUUUGGGGAGGCCGUAUUCAUCUGCUGCGGCCCAUGCUUUUCAGUGGGACAGACCCGUAGGCCCUUGUGAAGAUACUGGACAAAUGCUAACGAAACCUCGAGGUAAGAACUGGUAGUUCAUGGAUCCGACGCAAACUAACCGUAAUAGCUGUAAUCGGGCGUAGCAGAGAAUUCAUGGCUAAACAAGUAUACGUUUACAUGUGGAUGGUGUUCGGUCGUCAAGCCCAAGAGGGACCGUUUAUUCCACGAGGAUUAGAAUGUUCGGCUGAAGUCUUUCUUCGAAGUGGAAGCAGCAUUGCGUUGUGGUGCACGUAACUGGGGUAGAGUAUUUCCCCAGCACUUUACUCGAAUAAUCUCCGGUCUUCAUGACUUAGUCAUGUCAUCGAAUGACCAUGUGAGCGAGGGUAGAGUGACGCUGAUCCUGCUCAUCCUUUCCUAAUCAUAUUGCGUAUGGUGUGCAUUUCAACAACUACAGCCGCGACUUGGAAGGUUUCCGACUGUGUAACCGUUUCCCUUCUUAGGACUGAUAGCAGCCCUACGAUGACUGCUAUGGCGACUCAGAUGUACCCCCGAGUACUAGACUCUGAUUCCGUUAAGGAUAAGAACCAGGACAUGUGGAGCGCUUAUUAGCAGAGGCUGUUGCUGGGUCAGUUACUGAGUAUAUGUAAUCUUCACUCAUCUGAGCUUCGUCGUAACACUGGAAGAUGAUGGGUGUAAAAGCAAGGGUAGGACUGACGUUGCAGAAUUCCUUGGUGUAUUCCCUGUCGCGCGUCCCAGUCAUCGUCACUAAGCGCGCGGCACAAGCGUAUGUAGUUGAUUUUUAUCUUAUUUCCCCCACUUUAGGAUUGCCUUUCCCCUCUGACAAUGCAAGGCUUGCCCACUUCGGCCGAGUCACUUUGCAUCGCGGAGAUGGGUGCUAGCGAGACAGAUGGAGACAAAACAGUCCAAACUGGAGGCAUCCUCUACCUCAACAUUGGCCUCAACAAUGGUGUCCUUCUGCGUGUUGUUCUGGACCCAGUAACUGGCGAGCUCUCUGACACUCGCACUCGAUAUCUCGGCACCAGUCCUGUCAAGCUCUUCCGUAUCUCCAUGCAAGGUGGCGAGGCGGUGUUGGCCGUUUCCAGUCGUUCUUGGCUCAGCUACACCUACCAGAGCCGGUUCCAUCUAAUCCCACUUUCUUACGAGACCCUUGAGUAUGCUUCAGGUUUCUCAUCCGAACAAUGCCCUGAGGGCGUGGUUGCGAUCUGUGAGAAUUCUCUACGGUUAGUGUGAUUGUUUUCUAACCUUUGAGCCGGUUUCCCCCAUGAAGCAUACAGUCUAGGUACCCUUUGAUUUAAAUGUUUUGGGAUUCAACGAAGGAAGGUACCGACAGCCGUUUCGCAGUUACUGUCAAUCCUUAGUGUGCCACAAGGUGGUUAUCCAUUCAAUUUCUCGGACUAUUGUAACAACAAAACCUCAAUCUUCAGAUUGGCGCUCGAGGACAGUUGGGAGUAAAAUUACUAGAGUUUGCAGUCUUACAGUACAUUUCCUGCAGGUGGGCUAAUUAUGCACUGCACACGUACGUAGAAUGAGUAGUACUUCCGCGUCAAGAAAAAAUCAAUGCGUUUAGUUAUAUCAAAGAUUAAAUUAUAGCGACCGUGUAUCACGCACUUAACUGCCUCGUCACUCGUGUCGUCAGGGCCGUGGCUCCGAGCACAAUUUCGUUUUUUUCCCCUGCUGUACGUGUUUAAUCGCCUCGGAGAUAAUUUCUUAUGAUUUAAAACACUUGUCUAAGCAGUCCCGUUGUAGCAGGUCGCUUAUGAUCAACACCUAGGGUCAAGUUAUUUUGAGUUAAGUUAGAUCAUAAAACGACAAUGGAAUUAAACACUAUUGUUUACUGUUUUGGGAUAUUACGUGUCUUAGAAUGUCUCGUAUAUGCAGACCGUCUGCCGAAAAAACAUAGAGGGUAGGAUCUACUGUGCGUGGUUCAAUAUAAUUUUCCCCUCUUUUAAGGUUAGUAUGGUCGAAUCAUUUGAUGCUCUAAGCACAUGGGCCUCUUGGAACAGACACACUGUUCAAGUCCCUUUUGUGUUAUCGUUUUCAAGGGUUCUACGCAGUCGAACUUUAUGCCGAACUCUUGUAUCUACAUAAACAUAUUCACUGAUUAUGCGCAUUAAUUACUUCAAAUAAAGUUUUCCAGGCGGCCAAGCAUGCUAGGUCCUUUGCCAAUUCCGGACUCUCCUUGCCCGACCACGCUAGAUGCACAUCUUCAUUUCGUCGUUUGCUGAAUUCCAUCUUGAUUUUCUCAGUAGUAUAUAAUUUACUAUGCCCCAGUCGCGCCGAACUGCUUGCUAUAACCGCUGUACACAAAAUUGAGUCAAUUCAACGAACAGGAGCCUAAGAAAACCCCCUGUCAUGUUGAGGUCUGUUUUCUUAGGCAGAUGUAGGUGCUCAGACCACAAUUUGAACUAGCCGUAUGAAACCUCACAUUAUCGCUAGGCUGAUUACGCGGUCCUAAAGUCACCGUUCCUCACAGUCUUGUUUGCUUAUACUUGACCAAUGCAUAGUUUCUUUGUGCGACUCCAACAGUAAUAGAAUCUUCUCAGUACUUGUACGUGAUACGGCUGCGAUCAUGCCUGAUCUAGACGGCCUCGAUGAUGUCCCGAACUGUACCUCUCUACGCGUGACGAUCCGCGGCAGCAGAUCUGGACAGCUCAACCCACCCCUUCGCCAACGACGGAGACCGAAUACCGAAGGUCCAAAAACCACCUCCAUGUCUUGAUGAACUCUGUCGAGUCAGGUUUUAAACUGACCCACUCUUCGACGCCUCCAAUGGGGCAACAGUGCCGGGUCGAGGGCAAUAACACAGCUCCUGAGGUGGACGACGAAGAACAUGCCCGAACCACUUCAGUCGUCUUUCUUGGAUGGCCUAAGUUAUCCUUCCGAUGUUGUCGCAGCGAGCGCGGACUGUCUUAUUUGACACGAAGUUGGUGGACUUCACUCAAAGGAUGGUCCUCAAGCAGUGGUGGUCAAAUACCUCCAGUUUUCGCUCGUCCUCCACGCGCAAAGCCCAGCAUUCACAAUCUUCUCAGCUAGUUACUUAUCGCGUGUUUCUUGGUGAACAGUAGCUUGAGCCGUUGUGUCCACGUGCCACCCUCUCACCUAAUGAUAAAUCAGCAGAAGUAAAAGUUGACGCUCACUAGCAUAUGCUGAUGACCCUCUUACACCUGGCACUCAUUUACUGUUCUCGCCUUGUAGUAUCUUGGCGUUGGAGAAGUUGGGUGCCGUCUUCAAUCAGACCAGUGCAGCCCUACAGUACACUCCGCGCAAGUUUGUCUUCCAUCCGGAGUCUAAUAAUGCCUUCAUUAUUGAGACCGACCACAACGCCUACACGGACGACCUGAAGGCCGAGCGACGAAAAGACAUGGCGGAGGUGAGUACACUACAGCACGUUUUCGGAAUCGGAGAGGGUGGGGGAGGGGGAGUGGUGCUCCACUACUGCUGUUCGGCUUUGUUGGCCGGGAUUGGUCAGCGCGACGAUCUGGUGUCGGAACUGGUAGCACAGUGACCCAGUUAUAUGCGUAUAACAAGGCGCUACCGUGAAAGCAAUCUUUUAGAAAUCAACAAAAUUUCAAAUGGAAUCCAGGUAGUUGCAUAAAUACCGGCUGCCAGUUUUUUAGGAAGCAAAUUCCCAUUUUAAUUACAGGGAAAUCACCACGUUAGGUGUACAAUGAAGGUGCACACAUGUCUUCCCCGAAUCCUGGACAAAGAUGCAAACUGUCUAUUCCUAAUAGAACAAAUCAGGUCUUCUAGUUUUUUUUAUAUCAGCCUGAUCCAGACCAUCGAAUUUUAUAGAAAAGGUUAUGAAGUGCUCCACGACUGUGCUCACUUGUAAGGCGUUAGUCUUCUUUAUUCACUAACUUAUACCAAACCCCAGAUUGUUAAACUAAGAAAUAGGGCCUAAAUCCAUUCACAUAUGUUGAUGUUUUUACUAGAGCAUUAUAGUGUCGUAUCUUGACUUUAACGCACAGAUUCACUUUGAAAUUCGUGAAUGUACAUUAGACAUCUCGACAGUGUUAAUCAACUCACCUUCCAAUCAUUACUCCAAUCAUUACACAGCGUGCGUAGCAUAUUUUCUGGGGAGGAGUUCAUGCAUUUUCGUUGGACACAUCGGAGCCCAAUGAAUGUGCUCUGGGCGCCAGAUUUCGUUUUGGUGGGAGGUAAAUCUGUCGGUGCUAGAUUUUUUAAGAUGGCAAUUUGCCUGGACUCAUACGUAGCCUCUUGUUAACAUAACAACAAGUCCAUAGAUGUUUUGGCAGAUUUUGAAUAAUUCAUAUUGACUCAACUGUGAAAAACGGUCCCUCGGUGGGAUUCGAACCCACGCAGUAAGGGGAAGGCUUUUGUACAACCAACGCUCUAACCACUUGACCUACGAGACCCCGCCGGGGUCAAUAUGAAUAUGAAUUAUUCAAAAUCUGCGUUAGCACGGUAGUCAUCUGGUUGAUUCUAGGUGAAUUACUUAAGGAAUCCUGCUUGGGCAGUCAACUUACUGUAUGGGAUUUGGUGGAUUCCAGACGUUGCAGUAGGUUGGGCGGGCAACUUGACCCAAAUGUGAUUAAACUCGCGUCGUCCGGCGGGGCCUCGUAGCUCGGGCGGUUAGAGCGUUGGCUGUACUAAAGCCUUCCCCUUUCUGUCCUGGGUUCGAAUCCCACCGAGGCGCCGAGUUUUUCACAGUUGGGUUGAUAUGAAUAACAACAAGUGACGUCGGCUCGAGUAGCGACUCCAACUGCCGCAUAGAUCUUUGUUCUUUCGGUCCUCAUUCCACUUCCAUUUUUCUUCACUCGGACGGUGACGUGGAGAGAACGCUCAUGUAGGCGGGUGAGAAUGAUGAAACGCUCAUACCGGUGUCAUCGCUUUCACCAGAAGUCAAGCAGUACAACUGUUUAGAUGAAUACUUUACUGACAGACUGAUUUUCCUCAGUCUCAGAAAUGCUUCCGCAUGCAUAUGAACCCCCCCCCCCCGGCUUCUAAUUUAUCUUUCUGAUAACAUGCUGGCGACCUUGAUGACAUCUCAGCCUUUGAAGGAAACGGUAUUUGAGAAUAACAGGGGCAGGCAUUUAGUUGUGAUAGCUCCCCAAACUCUUGUAGACGUAACACUUGCCGGGAAUUGUGACAGCUUUAGCCCGUUCGCAGGUUUACUCAUUAGACUCCCUCUCUAUCGCGGGCCUUUGAGCAGCGGUUUUCAGGCUGUUUCUUCAGGAAUCUUCCUCGCCGUGCCGAAUUUCCUAUGGGUUUAAGCUACCUCAAACGGCUAACGACGACUUAUUCAUAACGCGGAACACAAGUACUUUGUAACGCGAUCGUAAGAUGUAUGGAAAGUGUGAAGCUAUGUGGUACGAAUUUUACCAGUGGAUGUCAACACAAAACUGUGAUAUUUAACAAUGUAUCGGAUACGUCUGAAGGUGAUGCAUAUGUGUUCCGCGUUAUAUCACUUGCAACAAGAUAAAUAAACGAAGAAAAAUGGCCCACAUAUUUAUUUUGACGUACGAAACUGUCAAACAUCCCCCUGAUUGUUUUUGAAUCUUCCUGCCAUACUGUUUGAAAUUAAACGGCCUAAAACCUCAUCAGUUGCAUGGACAACUCCCGAUCCUAGACUUUUUAGACCUGUAGCGGUCGAAGACGUCGAGGAUAGCAUACACACUGUACAGAGUCGCUAAACGCCACAUCCGACAGGCAUAUAGGUAUAUAGUAAGGAAAGGGGUUUAUAGCGUAUGAAGUCUAUGUUACGGUAGACACACGGGUUGAAUAACAAAAGUGGAAAAUAACGAUUACAGGGGGAUAGCGAGGUACUGUACAUAUGAUCCAUUUGGAGGCGGUCAGGUCAUAUCAGUUAGACACCAGUGGGGAUCGCAGUGCUGUCGACAGCUGCGGGUAAGGGCCGGAAAGUGGGCGGACGAUAAGGAGAACACGAGCGAUGAACGGACAGCGAGAGCCGGGGAGAGGGGACACGACGUCAGCAGUAGGGAACACCGGUCAUCUUCACUGGUAGACGAUCACACCAGACCCAUCCGGCAUCCGUACCAAAAUGACCCUACUUCGUUCAGGCAACUCCGUCGAAUUUGUAAUGCGUUACAGACCAACUGUGUUUAACCGUCGCACGACUGACUGACUUCUCUUGAGUCGCUGCGCCACUAUACGACAGCCAGUUAGUGAUUCUGUCACAGCUUUACCUACAGAGUUACCCCUAGUUGAUUCGGACUGGCAGACUAGUACCGUACUUGGUAAGGAGAAAUGCGUUUCAUUUUAAUUUGUAAUUUUCAGAUCGUCAUCGCUGCAUCAACUUUCAUAUCUUUUUUUACGUCUGUCAGCACCAAUGUUUUGUGUGCCAUCAAUCCUCGGUUGAGGUGCUAUUUUAAAAAAUCAAUCUUCCUUCAACGUAACACUGCGUAUUCCAGCCCCCUACGUCAAUUCUACAGGAUAUGCUUUCAUUUACACUUGUAAGGGGAAAGACCAUAUCCUUUGCAGUCUUACUCCUUUACUCCCUCCAACAACUUGACACUUAUGCUUGCCACGAAUUCUCUGGGCCUUGAACCCUUAACACUCAUGGCACAUUUUGCGUAUAGGCAAUAGGUCAGCCAUAAGUUGCUGAUGGCACGGUUGGCAAGUUUACAUUCGUCUGGAAACGGCUUGUUAGUACAAACUCUUCGACAUAACGUAGACUAAGGGGAGUGUCAUCUGCGUGACUGUGGGUCCCUUGAUGGCGGAUCCUGCCAGGGCUGGUCUCCUUUACUUACGUUUAGCACACUGAGAUGGGAAUAUUUUUUUAAAGCAAACAAUUUAGGGCUUGGUCUGGUUAGACCCAAGAAAGUGACUUGGCGACCGCCUACGCCGAGUGCCCAGUCUUUUGUCAAUGAUGUUUAACUGCACACGGCCUAGACUGUUGUUUAGAUCCCACUGAGUAUUUCACCCAGGCUAACACGCCCACUUUGCGCGGUCACCCCCUAAAACUACGCGCAGGGAAAUCAAGAAUCAGUGGACGAAAGUUCUUUUUCAGUAACGGAGGGGUUGUAGCAUGGAAUGCCCUGCCUACCGAUGUUGUAAUCUCUUCCUGUGUGAAUCCCUUCAAGUGUAGACUUGAGGCGCAUCAGGCUUCCCAAUUACCAUCCUUACAUCCGCUCGCGUAACCUGGCACAAAUUAUAGUGUUUAUACUACUUGUAAUUAGUAAGUAACAGUUAAAGAUUACUCUUUUUGGACUAGCUGUCAGUUGUCCGCGAGUAUGUACAAAAUCCCUUUUUCACCUUCCGACUUAUCAAUGUUUUUCUCCGACGACAUGUAACCAAUAGGGAGUUCAAAGGCGCUAGCCUAUAUUUCCCUUAAUAAACUGAUACUGAUACUUUGUAUAUGCAUUAGUGCCCGAGAAGUCGGCCCAUGAAGCUCGAAAACAGCCAGAGCUUCGCGUGUGACCGCUUACUCACAUUUGUCCUCGUAAUUAAAGUGGUCAUGAAUUUAGUUGAAGAUCCGCAUAUGCCUUGUUCGCCACUGGGGCGGUGUGUGUGCGCUUGGUUUUGUACACGCUCCUUCCAACGAGCACCUCUAACGGCCAUACCUGCCACGGGGCAGAAAAGAUGUCUUGUUUGAAUUGUGCAAACGUGCCCACCUAUUAUUUCAAGUGGGUCGCAUACAUUAACUAAACUUUUCUGAAAUAUUUGGCUCACAUUUCUUCACCAGCCGACAUCUAUCUUUGAUUUUUUUGCAAUCCAGCGGAUUCUCGCCUCCGCGACGAAUGAGUCUGAACGGGAACAGGCUAAGGAGGCGGCAGCCUCUCUGCUGAAUUCUAAUCUACCCGAGGCCAUUUUUGGUGCGCCGAAGGCGGGCCCGGGUAUGUGGGCCAGUCUGCUGCGUUGUCUGAACCCACUGACUGGCGAAACGCUGCAGGUUUGCCGGUUCGCACAGAAUGAGGCAGCACACGCAAUCGCACUUGCCACCUUCUUCAAUCGGUAAGAUCCCCGCUUCUGCCACGUCGAUGAUUAUGCAACAAUAGCAUCAGUAGUAAUUAACUCAAUGACAUCCGCGAUAUUGGCGGCAGCGUCGUAAUGAUUUGUAUCCGACAUCAGAAAACCUUUUUCAAAAUGUAAAAAAUCUCUUCUGCAAAACAAAGCGGUGGCGACAGCCAGCGGAACUCAAAUCAGCAACGAAAAACCCAUCACCUAAGUAAUACCCGUCACGUAUGGAACAGUCAAUCCUCAAAACUUGCUUUCUUUGUUGAUGAUGAGUGACACAUCGUGUGUGGAGUUUGCGCGUGUUACGUGCUGUGUGGAAACUUCAGACGACGGCGGCCUUUGCACCCAAUCUAACCACCAGUUAGCUUGACUCGGACUUGCGAGGGAGGAGAGAGGUUGAUCCAGCGCGUAAUUUCUGCACCAUGAACAACCCAGCGCGAUUUUUAACGAUGGAGGCAUGCUAAUAGUAAUGGUUUAAAAGGUUGCUAGCUAACGGAAUAACUAUCCUACUUGGGACCGCUGUCUGGGUUGCAGUGGUUCGGGUUUGGGUAUGACUGGCUGACGACGGCUAUUAAGCCAGAAAUGGCCAUUCCAGUCUCCCUUGUCAUUGUCGAUAGUACCAUUCUGUCUAUAUCAUACGCCGCUGUGCGGCUGCUGGUUGGGCUCGAGAGAGAGAGAGCCCUUAGGGCACAACGGGACGAGUGAGUUCCGUAAGAACGAUCGGUGAGCGCCCCUCUACCAUUGUAUAUUCCCGAUCGCAACCGACAAGACAGCGAGCCGUGCCUCAGUGGUUAGAGGCGUUGGACUUCUAACUAACCGGUCGCGGGAUCGAACUCCAGGUGUUCCACACUUCGGUGUUAGGUAUAGCUGGCAGAUGACGGCCAAUAAGUCAGAAAUGGCCAUUGCAGUCUCCCUUGUCUUUGUCGGUAAUACCAUUCUGACUAUGAGACUGAUGUGAAAACCAACUGCGCUACUGGGUAUUAUGAAACCGGUUUGCAAUUUAUUGCAAGUCACCGUGCUUGGUGUAUGUGCAUCAAAGGAACAUUCUGAUUAUCGGGAAAAAAGCUGUUCUGUGGAAUGUUUGACCACAAUUCACACAGGACCUCCAACUAGUUCACAAGCCCUUGCCUUUGGGACUCAAUAAGUCCUCGGAGUUUGUGCUCAAGCUUACUCCAGUAUGGUUGAUUGUGGUGCCAGUCGUAGGACUGGCAACGGCUUCCUACUGCAGUGUUGGAAGCCAGCACGUGGGAGGGCGUGAGGUGGUCGUCAGUCGUCCAUGACUAUAAUCCUUCCCGGUCCCACCUGCCGUCUUGUGAACAGUAACUAAGUCCUUAGCGGGUUACCAUUAACUGUUAGUUUAAUACUGCAUGUCAUACAUUCCGAAAACCCAUUCUCUUCCACUUUCGUAGUGGAAUUUUUUUCUGCUAGCACAUUUACAAAUUUCCACAAUAACAAUCGAACCUUUUAUCAGUCUCCUUGUUAGUACGGCUUUCGACAGCCAACAGCACUUCCGACGGUAUUGGUUGGCAACUUGCCGACUGAUUAACACCAUUACGACGCGGAAUGUCUGGAGCGAAGGAAGCGCAGGCGUAGAGUACUUUGCCAGCUGUCUUUGAUUACACUAAGUCCCUCGGUAGACUACAUCCCUAAACCCCUUGGGCUUUCCAACUACCAUAGGCUGACCACAAUAGCACAUCCAUCCGCUUUUUAGUGGGUACAUGCACGUAGUUUCAUCGUCAUCGUCGAUUCCAUUGGGAGUUUUACUCACCAGUUGCGUCGUACCACAAAAACACUCCAUUAUAAUGCAUCAUAAUCAAGUCGACAUCUUCUAGAUUACCCCACUGGUGUAGCCCUGGCUGAAGUUAAAUAGCGCUCAAAUAAGAAUUUCGCACGAAACCGCCUACUUAGUUCGUUUCCCCUAGGUAUUACUGCUGCAUGACACGCUAAUGGCUAUCCCCGAGGCCCGAGUCUUCGUAUUCGACAACAAGCAUUCAUUGAAGGCCACUACACUAUCCACAACCCAUGUAUGCGCCAGAGAGCCUGUAGGCAGGCUAACUUACAGACUGCGUCUUCCCGGGGCACCUGUGAUCUCUUUUUAGUCUGUCAAAGUCUUGUCGGCUUCCUAGGUGGCCUUGUUUUCACUUCUGCUCUUCGAUUUCUGUUACUAGGCCAGAGGAGUACUAUGUCGUUGUUGCCCUCGCAAAGGAUCUUGUUCUUAACCCACGGAGCUGCUCUGCAGGCGUGCUCAAGACUUAUCGGGUGUCUCCGACUGGCGAUCAGAUGGAGUUUGUCCACGACACACUGGUCGACGACUUCCCUACCGCUCUGUGCUCCUUUAAGGGCCGCCUGCUGGCUGCUGUUGGUCAUCGCCUGAGGCUGUACGACAUGGGCAAGAAAAAGCUGCUUAAGAAGUGCGAGAAUAAGGUAACCACAAACACAGCUACUUGUAAUUAGCAAGUAGGCGGUUUUUAAGCUUUUUUAUGGAUAUGUUUAACUAGCGUGGUUUUCUUCUUUCCAGCAUUUCCCCAACCUCAUAAACGGCAUUUACAGCGUUGGCAACCGCGUCAUCGUCACUGACGUACAGGAGGGUGUUUUCUGGGUGCGCUAUCGUCCGCGGUCGGAUAACCAGCUGGUCAUCUUCGCCGACGAUGCUAGCCCCCGAUGGAUCAUCCACCUCGCCGUGUUGGACCAGUGCACUGUGGCCGUGUCAGACAAAUUCGGCAACAUCGUUCUCCUGCGUCUACCAGCAAACGCCAAUGAUGAGAUUGAGGAGGACCCGAGCGGCAAUCGGUCUCUCUGGGACAGAACUGCUCUCGGCGGUUCUAGCCAAAAGCUAGAGGUGGGGCUAAUACGCUUCUGUUCACUUUUUACACCUGGAUUUCUCUGUGUGUGUUUGCAAGUUUGCCUGUGCGGUGUGAUGCCAGACUUGAUAGUACUUUCGUCGAAAACGACGAUGACGAUCACCAUUGCCACCGAACAAAUGUGGUUUGUGCGUCAGCUAUAGUUGGAUGACCCCGUGACUACAGUAGGUCUAGACACCGGUGCUUAAGAUAAGGUUCAGUGACUGACUCAGUGUAUGAUUCGCGUCUGCACACGGUUAAUCCUUCUCCCACAACUUAACCAGACCACACACAAAAUUCACUGCAUCUGAGAUUCACAUUAGCAAUCUUUAUCUGCUUUCGCCUGCCAGUCGAGGCGGUUAGUGGGUUGUGACAGCCUCGUGGGGCAACAACUGAGAUGCACGCGUCAGGUGGGGCUAGAGUUUAGUGUUCGCCUCCCGCAAUCAGACAUUUGAUGCUACUGUCAGUCCAUCAAAUCGACAACUUCCGCCGAGAAUCUCAACCCGUCAGGUGCAAGUACGUGCACCUAGACGUAAAACCUAAGCGUAGCUUGCCUGCCGUGUGAGAAUAAGGGCGAGCUCAUUCUAUAAUGCAGCCAGAACAUUUGUGGCACUCGUAAGACAGGAGAGGGAUGUUUUGUCAGUCAUUGUCCGUGAGCUGAUCCGUUCUGUGGAACAUUUUUGGACGAUGAACACGAGAUUAAAGCCGAUUUUUGGCAAACGUUUAAGGUAGCGCAAUUAACACACAUCUUAGUCAUCUGUACGCCUCAGAAGGCAAAAAGGGAGUGAGAGAACUUCUGCGUUUCAAUCUUAUCAACACGUUAGUUAACACUACACUCUGCGAAGGAGGUAAAUGCUGCUCAAGUCUGCUUUGUUAGGAAUAAAUUCGUGCGCAAGUCACCGCAGUGCAGUAGCAACAGUGAUGCACCUCUUCGGUUACGACGACCAAGCGAUCGUAUUUAGUAAUCAUAUCACAUCACCCACUGUGGUCAACCCCAGGAAACUCAAUCAGAAGAUUCCACUGACGAAUAUGAGACGAAAAGUAGAACGAGGUAGACUCCAAGGUCUCAGUUCUAAUCCCUUUAAACCAUCCGAGCCGCCAGUAGUUGUGGUUUGAAGAAUUGCAAACUGGCAAAUUAAACUAGAAUCAGGCCGCAGUGACUUCUUGAUGCGGUACUUGUGGCACUUUCACGCACGCGGACUCAGAACCCCCCCCCCCCCCACCUUGAAGCCCGAUACGUGUGGAGCUAGGGACCGGCACAUGUGUGGUCCGGACAAAGUAUUAUUGGAUGGUUAUACGCAGGUGCCCAGGCUCUCCUCCGACACGGUUGUUCUCCUUGUCUACCGGCUAUGCCUUGCCUUCCCCCCCACAACGGGCCGCUCGAGAGAUGCGCCAGACCAAAACGGAGGCCACAGCCGGGCACGACAGACAUUUUUUGGGCUGCGCAGUGUUUGCACACCCCAUAACAAAUGCCCUCCAUGAGAGAUGUGGUGGCACACCUAGGUGCAGAAUCGCGCCGCGCCAGCCAUUUACGCCCAAUUUCAGCAUCAGAUGGCUCACCGGUUCGGAAAGCGGACUGGUGUAUGGGAGGGAGAAAAAAAAUUUGAUAAACCCUGAAACCAUCACGACACGCUACAAGUUGUGGCUUAGGGGCCUACUAACUGACACGAUAACUCGGUCCUCUCCGGACGGAGUGUCAGGCUGCGGUGGCCCCUUCUGAACGUGGCCCCCAUGGCCCUCCCAUUCAGGUGACUUACGGGUCGCCCCUUGUUUCCGUGAAGACUUGGUCCAGCGUACGUUGGCAGAGCGUGCGUGGCACGCGUAGACGGACUGUUUAAAUUUGUCAAUCCUGCCUUCGGUCGUCCUGGUCUAGUCUUGCCAUCGGAUUCGAGUGGGUGAGGGAGGAGAUAGUGCGGCACAUGCUAUGCAAGUCUGCUCUCACACGCACCCUAUCGCCCGGCUGCGCCCACCAUGUUCUCGGGGACACGCGGUGAACAUCGUCGUUCGCGGCGGUCCAACUGCCACCCAUCAUCCCGAUUACUUUGCGCGGAACAGCGCCUUUUCUGUGACCAAACACAGUCCCCUCUGUUUGUCCAUCUUGCAGGUGCUGGCGCAUUUCUACGUCGGCGAGGUAGUAAGCUGUCUACAAAAGGCCACCCUUAUACCCGGUGGCUCCGAGGGCCUCGUCUACUCCACCCUCUCAGGCGGGCUUGGCAUUCUGGUACCCUUCACUUCCCGCGACGCCUACGACUUCUUCCAGCACUUGGAGCUGCAUCUUCGGGCUGAAUCGCUCUCUUUGGUCGGCCGUGACCACCUCCACUACCGAUCACUCUAUUACCCAUGCAAGGUAAUUUAAGCUACCAAGCCCAGUUUCCGUUUUCUCUCGUCCUCAGCGAUCAUUUUUACUUGCUACAGACUGCUAGGCUUAAAGGUUAAAGUGAACGAUAUUGCAACUUGCUCCCUAUUAGCCGUGAUUUCGACCUCGGGACGGUAGCUUGAGGUCUGAAGUUGUAGGAAUUACUUUACUGACUUAUCCCUUGUCGGCCAUCAGCUGACCGGAUCUGCACGCUUGUAAAAUUUGCGCAUCGUGGAAUAUUACUGAACAGUUGAAAGUAGUGCAAUUCAACCACUUAACUGCAAGUUAUACGUUUGUUUUUUUUGUUUGCACAUGACAAAAAGAGCUCGGUCAGUGCGCAUCUUGAGAUAAAGAAGUCCUAAACUGCCCUUUUACUGAACUCCGUGGUUGAUUGCGUUGUGAAUUUCACUACACUUGAUCGCAGUACGCGAGUUUAUUCACAACACUUUCCCAUCUAACUCCAUAUCCCGCCUAGAACGUGAUCGACGGGGACCUGUGCGAGAUGUUCAGUUCACUCGACAUGUCCAAGCAGCGCAGUAUCGCCACCGAGAUGGACAAGGUACCGAACGACAUCGCCAAACGCCUUGAAGACAUGCGAACGCGUUGCGCCUUUUAAUUCACGUUUUCUUUUACACUCUUUAUGAUAGAGGCCGUCUGCCCGUCCCCCUCUUUCUCUCUCUGUACAUAACCCCAUACUUGUACGCUUUGCAACAUCAACUUUUAAUACAAAAAUGGUAUGUCGUUGGCGCACCGCUGGGAUUCUUUCCUACUCAUUUAGUGGCAAUCCUGAAAAGCCUUAUUGUCAGACUCCCCCGACCGGAGAGUAAUCACCGUUUACCACAAGCUGCACAAUUCGUUUGAAAGUGCCCUUGAGAGCGUCUGAGGGGCUGAGCGUGCGGAGUUGUGUUGGAAUAUUGACACCCCGAAUGGAAUGUCUACGACGAGAUAUCUAGUUGGGCCAGGAGAGUUUACUGUGGAGACCUUCGAGAGCCGGAACUCUAUCCAAUGUCGUAGUUGGACGAAAAAGGUACUAGCGGAACAGGUUCAUUAAAGUUGACUGUCUUCGGAUGCGACCUUUUCUUCUUUGUCCUGCGUGGCGGCUGGGGGCCUGUAGGUACUCGUCGUUCUAGCUACCAAAAUUCCCACAAUGGAGUUCAAAUUCGUGGGCAUGGCUUCCCCUGUCUACCCUUAGGUACUGGGUCGAGUGUCUGUGCGGUACCAGGCGUAUUCAUUCUGUCUUAAGGCUGUCGUGUUCCGCCAGGCAGACGAACCGAUUUCGUGCUCAAUAACGGACUUCUGGGCAGUGUGGUAGCUGCGUUGCUGCGCAUGUCUCGAUCUCCGGUUAACAUGGAGCGUGAUUCUGCGCGUGUUGUCAGGGGAGGGGAUUGCUCCCUCUGACAUCAUUGGUUCUCGGCAAGUACAAGCUAGGCGGGAGAACCAUCACUUCCCGGUCGUCCAAGGGCCUGUUUGUGCCGUCGGGCAGUGGUCGCACGGGGCUGGUUAGUCCAGUUCAUCAAGGUAAGGGUAGCCAUGAGUCCUUGAGCCCAUUAUGGAAUUGCCAAGGGUAGUUCCGUCUGGUUUCUGAAUUCGAUGGUUGAGAUCGCCAUCCACCACUACAGCACAAGUAUCUCGUCCAGGAUUGUGUUGGGCAACAACUGGUGGGGCCCUACGGGUUGGUCCACAAAAUUCGUGACCCUUGCAAGCAGUCGGUUUGCCAACUCGGUGCUCUAUGAGUGUUAUGGCCUCGGUGGGAUUCGAACCCAGGACAGCAGGGGGGGGAGGCUUUAGUACAGCCAACACUAGGCAUGUUAACUACGAAGUCCCGCCGGACGACGCGAGUUUAAUCAUAUUUGAGUCGAGUUUACCCACCCAACCUACUGUGACGUCUGGAUCCACCAAAUCUGAUACAGUGAGUUGACUGCCCAAAUAGGAUUCCCCAAGUAAUACACCUGGAAUCCACCAGAUGACUACCAGACUCACGUAAUUCUAGAUGCAUUGCUUGGGAAAUCCUGCUUGGACGGUCAGCCUACUGUGCCGGAUUUGGUGGAUUCCAGACGUUGCAGUAAGUUGGGCGGUUAACUUGACCCAAAUGUGGUUAAACUCACGUUUCCCGUUGGAGCCUCGUAGCUCAGGUGGCCAGAGCGUUGGCUGUACCAAAGCCUUGCCUCUGCUGUCGUGGGUUCGAAUCCCACCGAGGCGCCGUGUUUUUCACAGUUGGGUUAAAGUUAACUCGGUGUUCAACGAAGGACUCACCUAUGACUACUAUAUAGUACUUGACCGCUUAUUAGUUCAACUAGAGAGCAUGCUGAGUUGGCUGCAAGCAUUUGCCGGGAGCAGUUCUGCUGUCCGCCCUGGAGGCACCACCGCAUCGUUUCGCAGCUUUAUUGCGUUUUCCUUGCCAUAGGACUUUGCUAGUGUUCAAAAGCUGCGCCUAUGCACGGAGCGUCAAUUCGCCUGGGCAGUGUUUAACGAAGAUAGUCGGGUAAGCUCGUCUAAAGGACGAUGGUGGCCCCCAAUCGAUUAUGUACCCGUUUAAGCGACUGCCGGUGAACUGGUGUUGUGGGUCGAUUGCCUCUAAACUUUUGGGAACCUUUGAUGGCUGAUAUACUGAGAGAAUACUUCGUUUUUCGAUUCCAUGGGUGUAGUAAGCCCACAGUAUUUUCUCUUUGACGUUGUUGCAACCUACGAAAUCCAAAUUACCAGGGUGAGCUAGACGCGACUAAUCCGACCCUGAUGAUAAUGGUAAGCCAAACCCCUCCGCUGAAAGUGGUCAUCCUCUGCGGGACCAAAAUGACAUCGCGUCUUGCGACGACACAGCUUUCGGGUUUAUCUUAAACGAGGACCUUGAUUCAGAUAGUCCUUGUCGGACUCUUACUCGAGUUCGCAGUCAGGGUACUUCGAUAAGCAGGUGGAAACUUCGUGUUCGGACGAGAAUGAACCGCAGAGGUGGGCGGAAUUCUCAAAAAUUUGAUUUCAGCUGACAGUACACCCGUAACAAGAUCGGGGACUGGAUAACUACGGUUCAGGCAUUAUGUGGCCCACGCGUUUGCCAUCUCUCCGUAAGAUCAAGCAGCUAAAGUUCUUUUUUCCGGCGGUCAAGACUCCUCCUCCCUCCUCCCUCCUCCCUCCUCCUCCCCUCCUCACCCUCCUCAAUGUUAGUGACCUGCCGGGGAUACCGAUAAACUGCGCCGGCCAAAAUUACCUCAUGGGAAAUGUUGUCCUGUCAACCACACCGGUUAGGCCUUUGGUUCAGGAUAGCAGUGUGGCUGUGAGUGGCGACCAUCUCGACGCAGUGUCCAAAGUACGAAAACCCCGUUAAAUACACUGGGUCUCCCAAAACGGACGUUUUGCGCAAGCUAUGCCGCAUCAGUAGACCCCAUCUGCAGUUGGCUUCAGUUGUACUUGGUCUAGGCGAAAGAUAGAGAGGAACAAACCCUAGGGGUAGAUUACGUGACCUAUCUCAUGAAAUCUGAUAGCUGAAACUGAUACGAGAAUUUCUGGACGUCUUUAACGUUGCGCAGUUUGUUCGCUCAUCCACUUCCUGCAGGGAAAUGUGCUUUUCUUCUACAGAAAUUGUGUUUACGUAAUUAUAUAAAGUAAAAUAUCAGUAAGUUUUAGCGAAAAUGGACGUUGGAAUAUAUUCGUGCAAAUUACUAUGCUAACACAUGUCCUAGACCCCAGCUACGCAUCUAAGUGACUUUUUCAGUGAAAGGAUAGUAAUUCGCCCGCGAGAGUUUUAAUAAACAGAUUUAGCCGGACUUGAAAAUUUAUUUUAUGCCCGACGCUAACCGUGGUAAUCAACUUGCAAUCACAAAGGUUAUUUUAAGAAAACCAGAGGUUUUAUAAAUUCCUAAAUGUAAAAUUAUCAUAGCUGUGCGAUCUAGUGCCCUAAAGUGCGGUAAUAACGCAGAUAGGGAUUUAUUCGUUUAAAUGGGCUGAAUUUGUUUUGCCGUUUGGAAAAUUCUACCUGAUGUCACAUAAAUGACCAAAUUUUAACAGUCUUGAACAUAUGAAACACUACGUGCCAUGUAGUUUAGCUUCUGUGCGUAUCUUAUUCAGAAAUAGAACGAGCAAAACAUUAAUAGUUUCAGCAAAAUAUCGGUAUUUAUGUGGGCGCUCUGCCGUGUAUUCAUAAUCGAAGAACGGAGUCUAAAAGCGAGCAAAAACAAUGGAAAUGGUUUCAAUGUAUAGAGAAAGGCAUGUUCUUACGUUUACGGUAGAAAAAUAUUAGUAUUGUUUGGAAACGUGAAGGCAACGGCCAAAAGUGUAAAAUUUUUACUUGGCCUCACCGUGCAAAAAUGCAAAUUACACAGAGAUCCGUAAACGGGGUGCAUUAAUAAAGCACUUCUUAAAGAGGUAACUUAUAAGGGAAAUUUUUUCAUUGAUCGAAGGUAUAUUCGUCACUGACUUUCGUUGUGGACAGCCAUUUUUCUCGAAAAUGAAAUUUCAUGUCUGAAUGAGUCUUCAUAUGUGACCCAAAUGCCCAUCUUCGUGAAAAGGAGCUCACGAACACUCACUAAUCCGAUAAAUGCCUUCAAGAAUAAUCUUAAUUUAAAGUUAUCAACAGACAGGUAUUUCAGAAUCUGUCUUUAUGGGCGAUCGGGUGAAAACACUGAAAAUCAUGGAGUAUUCAGCAACAUUUCGAGGCCGAUCUUGAACUUGACGUAAUCCAAAACGAACGAGAAGUGUAAAUUAAUUUAACGGAAGAAAAUUUCUCUCUAUAAACAGAAAAAGCUGCGUCCGAACUCUUUUUCACCGCGCCUUUCGGUACUGUAGCAUCGAGUAUCUACUCAAGAGAGAACUAGCCUACUUAUACCAAUUAUUCCGAUCUAACGGAUAUCCGAUUAGCUCCAUGAAAAGCUGUCUCAGACGUCAGAGACAACCACAAGAUCAGAGUUCAAGUGGAGAAGUGGCACAGAGGAAAUAUUAUUCCUUGUCCUACAUGCAAGGAAUUUCCAAAGCGAUUGCCCGACAAACAAACCGGUUUGGCAUCUGCAUUGCCCACAAGCCGGAGUCCUCCUUACGCGCAGCACUAUCCCGGGCAAAGGAUCCCAUACCCAAAGAACAACAAAGUAACGUCAUUUACCGUAUCCAGUGCGCUAACUGUUUUUGAGUUUAAAUUGGUCACACGGGUCGACAACUUGGGACUCGCAUUAAUGAACACAAGUCAGCUAUCCGCCGACGCGACCCCUUAUCCCUCGUGUUUGCCCACGCUCUUGAUUGUCAUCCAGUGGAAGAAUAAUGGCGAAACAGGAGUGUAUGGGCUUUUGGCUAUUACCUGUGCUGUUAGUAUGAAAUCAACUUCCCAAAUUAUUAUCUUAUUAUUAUUAUCAUCGGCACGUUUGAUGCAAGUAGAAGGGGAAUUUCGAUGAUCUUAUGAGCAUCGUAAAAACACUGUGUAGAUCAAUUAGGGUAACAAAUGCCGUAUUCUGCUGCAAUACGAUUCAUAAUGUGGGCAAUGCAGAUGCCAAACCAGUUUAAUUGUCGGGCAGUCGCUUCGGAAAGUCCUCGCAUGUAGGGCAAGGAAUAAUAUUUUCCUCUGUGACACUUCUCCAUUUGAACUCUGAGCUUUUGGUUGCCUCUGACGUCUGAGACAGUUUUUCACGAAGCUCAUCGGAUAUCCGUUAGAUCAGAAUAAUUGGUAUAAGUAGGCUUGUUCUCUCUUGAGUAGAUUCUCGCUGCUACAGUACCGAAAGGCGCUGUGGAAAAAGAGUUCGGACGCAGGUUUUUGUGGGCCGCAGGAUGGUUGCUCCCGUAGUUGAGGAUGAUUUCGGUACUGGAGUCUUUUCUGUGGACGCUGGUUGCGAGAUUGCCAUCACUCAGUCUUUGUACACUGAUGUCGAGAAAAGGGAAGAUGUCCCCUGUUGCUUCUUCGCGAGUGAAUUGUAUGGCGGGGAGGACACCGUUAAGACUCUGGUGCAGUCGUUUAACUUCGCAGGUUUUAUGACAACGGAGGUAUUAUCUACGUAGCGGAGCUAAUCUUUGGUCUGAUGGCUUGAAUAACAACUUCUUCUAGUCUUUGUAAGACUAGUUCGGCGUCCACCCUACCCACAGCUUUAUCCCGGGAAAAGGAUCCCAUACCCAAAGAACAACAAAGUAACGUCAUUUACCGUAUCCCGUGCGCUAACUGCCGUUGCAUUUAUAUUGCUCACACGGGUCGAGAACUUGGGACUCGCAUUAAUGAACACAAGUUAGCUAUCCGUCGACGCGACCCCUUCUAUCUCGUGUUUGCACACGCUCUUGAUUGUGACCAUCGUUUCCAUCGGGACGAUAAUGAAGUGGUCGCCAUGGCUAACACCAAACAUACACGGGAAUUCCUCGAAGCUUGGCACUCCGGUGCAGAUUGCAUUAAUCGCCAUGUUAACCUAGAUGUCCACUACGAGGGUCUCCGAUCGCCGUGGACUGACUGGCGCCCACUUUGAGAACAACAACAGCUAAUGCAUGCCCGGAUGUACAUGAUCUCGCCGACACGCCAUUCCUCCCUCCCUGCCCUACUCCCCUCCCCCCAACACGGUGAAACACAUUUGGGACCCACAACACCUAUCCUCACCUCCCGCACCCAUCACAGCACGAUGCACACCUCCCCCUCGCAAGGUCGUCUGCUUACCUCUCUGUCUGCGUCCUCAACCAGCAGUGUGACAAUGCCACCUCUGACGACGGGUUGGUGCAACCAGCUCGAAAAUUUACGAGUAAAACUCUAUUUCCGACGGACUUCCUCAUUUCAUCACAAAAUGGCAUGUUUACGAUCACGCCUGUCAGUUCUAUUUAAAUUUAUUAGGCACCGAUCGGCCUGACAGCAUGUCAACUUAUGAAAACUUUUAAUCCUACGACGUCCCCAUCGGUGAAAUUAAGCAAAAUCCAGUUUCUCUUGUUGAACCCUAUUUGAUUUAACUCCAAUGAGACAAGAAUAUUACGAACUCCCUGGAAAACCAUUUUGGAAUUUACACUCAGAAUGUAGGCAGUUGACAAACCAUCAUAUAUGAAAUCACAUUAAUUAUUAAACGAAAUUUAGAUGUAAACUUCACUGAGACACUAUUACUAGACGCUACUUUAUGUCUGCUUUCAUAUUUACUAUGUUUUUGGUGUGAGAAUACAUUCUAUACAUCUAAAAACGAAGUUUACUAAAUAAGAGCCCUUUCUGACGUUUUCGGGAUAUUGUGCUUUUUUGAAAAAAAAUCGCCAUUUCUAAACAACAUAACACUACCUCUAAUAUUCCUUUUAUGUUCUGAAUUCUUUUAAACUUUACUUAAUUAACAUGAAAUGAUGUCAGUUUGCGAGUGAUUGGCAAUCAUUCGUAGACGCCUUUCCUGAGUUAGUUAAGGCACUGUACUUUCCUCCUUAUACUAAUUCUUCUGUGCUUGGCUCGCAUGUCUUGAAUUAUUUUCCAUAUAAUUAUUCGUUGUUUGAGGGGCUCUAACAGUCGCGUGCGCGCAGGGAAGGGAAAAGGGGAAGGGGGGAAUGCAUUCUCACAGCACGUCAACGGAUCUCUCAUUAUUACAAAUCUGAUGUGUUUGAGCCUAUCACGACACACUAACAGCUGUGGCUUAGAGGAUUACCAAAUGACGUGAUAAGUUGAUUCUUCUCGGGACCGACAGUCAGGCUGCAGUAGUCUUCCCUUGUCGCAUCAUUCGUGACAUUCUCUACUAUGCGCGAUUCAUACCGUCCCUAUCUGUGGGACCGGAUCGUGUGAGGCACGCGUAGAUGGGCUGGUAAGAUUUGCUAGUCACCGCACUGGAGCCCACCUCCAGUCGGUUGAUAUUGUUUUGUCCUCCGUGCGAGAGUGCGGCAGCGCUGCGCAAGUCAUCGCUGGUCGCUGCUUGCAACGGCAGAACUAUUCUAGUAAUUCUCAUACGCUUCUGAAAUAUCACAGCAUGCUAGAAAUUAGAAGUUGAAAUGCUGCAAACAGACCGCGUGGUAAAAUAUGGUUAUGUAGUCGCACCCGAUAAGUUAGUGCUCUUACGUUGGCAUGGCGUUGCUGUGCGGUGCGGUGGGUGUUCUGUUGGCGACCUUGUUUGUUCGUUGCCGUGUCUACCUUGUUCGGCCCAAUGCCGGGGUCCUUCUUGAAUUUCGAACGUCGAAGCUUUAUCUAUUUUACUUCGGUCCGUCUCUUGGUAACGGUUUCAUAACAGCUCCUAGAUUGCCGUGGUUCUCAAUCUGUAGAUUCGUUUAUUAACACCAGGAAUUGAUAUAAACUACGAUGCAGCUAGCUGAUCGUCGUCCUAACACUUUCAAAUCGGCUCUUUAAUGGUUAACCCAUGCAAUGAUCUACCGUACUAACAACACAGGUAUUAGCUAAAAGCCCAGACACGCGUGUUUCGCCGAUCUUAUGCCGCUGCCUGACGCAGCUGCGAGGGGUUAGGCUCGUCAGUGGGCCCCCCAGCUUUCCCCGUGCGUUUUCUGGUAUAUGAACUCCAGUUUCAAUUUGCCUUGUUUAAUUUCCUCGGAAACUAAACAAGGUGAACCCAUAAUUUACUUCCGAAUCUUACUAAACAACCUUCAAUACACAUGGCGGUACUCAUUAUUUACAGCGAUAAAGUCGUUCAUAAGGUUAAGGCGGGUGUCUCAAACACGCCCAAAUCAUUUGGCAGUUUAGGUUCUCUGUUGAUACCAAUAGGAAAAAUGAAAAAAGUUAAAUCGGCGGUCGUUUUCGAUUGUUCAUUCCUAGCCUUGUGUUGCUGGUGUUGGACAAGACCGAUGACUAGGAUUUUCAUGAGUAAGAUGUGGUUAUAUAGUCGCAUCUGAUAGACACAAUAUUGUUGACCUAAUUAGUUAUUUUGAGGUGGUUUGAUCACGUUGGAAUGGUGUCGCUGUGCGUUGCAGUGUGUGUUCUGUUGGCGACCUUGUUUGUUUGUUGCCGUGUCUACCUUUUUCGGCCCACUGCCAGUGGUCCUUCUUGAAUUUCGGCCUGUCGUCACCUUCUAACUUUCGCGUUGGAUGUUUCGGGGUUAGGAUUAAAGGGUUAGGGGUUAGGAUUUAAAGUUAGGUGUUAGGGCUUUGGGUUAGAGGUCAGAGUUAGGGGUUAGACUUAGGGGUUAAGACUAAGUUUAGUGGUUAAGUCAACUAUUUAUCAACCACGCAACAUACAGUCGACAAAGGCAUGGAAGUUUGGAAUUGCCUGUUCUGGCUUAUUAGCCAUGGUCAGCCAGUCAUAUUCAACCCCGAUGUGUGGGACAUCCGGGGCUCGAACAACGGAACAACCGGGACGAGUGAGUUCCGUAAAAACGAUCGGUGAGUGCCCCUCUACCACUGUGCAUUCCCGAUCGAAACCGACAGGACAACGAGUCCGUGGCUCAGUGGUUAGAGACGUUGGACGUCUAAAUAAUAGGCUGCGAGUUCGAGCCCCAGGUGUUCCGCACUUCGAGGUUGGGUAUGUAUGGCUGACGACGGAUAAUAGGCCAGAAAUGGCCAUUCCAGUCUCCCUUGCCUUUGUCGGUAAUAUCAUUCUGCCUGUAUCACGCGCCGCUCUGCGGCUGCUGGUUAGGCUCGAGAGAGAGAGCCCGCAGGGCACAACCGGGGCGAGUGAGUUCCGUAAAAACGAUCAGUGAACACCACUCUACCAGUUCCAAAAGCUUUCCCUUUACAUACAAUUACUUUGCCUCAUCGCCUGUGCGUUCCACGGCCCCACCUGCAAAGCCUCCUAUUACCACCGCUCCCGUAUUACAGGUGGCUGGAGUUUGUUUACUUCAAGUGCGGCUACAUAAACACAUCUGACCAGACGCGUCAACUCUUUCUUUCGUGAUCUCUCCAGUAGGUAAAUCCAAGCCUGCAUAAGCUCUGUAUCAUGCGUACACAGAGACCACUACGCACGGACGUGACAUUCAUGGACGUGGGGUUAGCCACGUCAGUCGGUUUGGCAUUUUCUCGCCACUAUGGAAGAGGAGGAGAGAGAGGAUGGAGGUGGGUGUACACGUCCUCCGUUCCUGUUGCAAGGAGGACGAGCACGCGAGUACUGUUGGUUGAAAUCGGAAUGUCAACAACGGUGCAUGCCCUUCAACCGCACAAGUACGCGUGACAACUGGAACAGUAGGCGUACUAGCCUGUCAUUUCGGACGCCUACAGGAGCUUAUCAUCUGGGACUAGGUGAGAGAGAGAGAAACAACAAGCGAACAGCUUUGUGGUCAAAGAACAAACGCGGGCAAGGGGAGGAGGAUUGUGCCCACGACCGUGCUGACUCCAUCGUGGCGACAGAGCGCUGCCUUGACUGUGAACUGUGCCACGCCAUUUGGCCUCUCCUGAACAAGUACAGAAGCUCAGGCUAAUAAAUCAGUGAUCGCACGUUCAUCUUCCUUGCGAGGAGAGAAGUUUGUACCAAAAAACCACCAUUACAAUAAACCAAUACAAACACGAUAGUUCGACCAUCGAUUGUGAUGAUGUCCACCCUAUGCCCCACAGCAGGUGGUGGAAGUAGGGACGGUGACGUGCGCGGGGGGUUUAUAGUGCCAGUAGACUUGCGAUGAAUCUACCACACUCUCUCCUCAUCCCCGCCUGAGCCCGGUGUCAAGACAGAGUCAAGAAGACCGGAGACGGGGGAGGACGCAAGUGGCUGGCGCGACCGAACCCGCACCUAGGCGUGCCACCACACCCCCUAAUUCACAGCAUAUACUUGACCAGAAUUUUUCCCCAACAACAACAACAACAUCACCCCAACAGGAGUCAGAAGGACGGGGGAUGAUGACUGGACCGCCAUGCCCACCACCUGUGUACCUAGCGGAAACGCAAGCGCAUCUACCGGCAGGGAAGCAGGUGUCAGGGAACUGCCAGCGCAUACCAGGCUGCGUGGGCCUUGGUUUGCUGUUAUUGGCAUGGCGCACACUUUCAGACGUGAAGACUGUCGAUGACUCGGACAUACUGACAGUUCAGGUAAUCGUCUCUGAAGGUGGCCCUAUCCGACUGACACGAUUCAUAGGCGCUGACAAGUCUUAACUCAGAUACUCACGAGAAAAAAGUAGUAGGAAGCAAAACGAUGUUGUUUCACAGUCAGUCGAAUGAUCUGACUUUCUUGGCGGUGGCUAUUGGAGAGUGGUGUAAGGAAAUUCCUGAACACUUUUGAACCCAACGUGCCGUUACACUUGAAUUCGAUAUUUUUGAACUACAGGCGGUGUGUUUCCUAUGUACGGGAAAUCAUACAUUUCUAUAGACUAUUAAGAGGAGACCAUAUGGAGCUCGUAAAGUUCAGCAGUGGAUAGGAGCCAUAUCGUAAACUUUACAAGCAAAACUAGUAAAUGAAGAGACACGAUACGUUAUGAACGGACAUGCAACGGUCUAAAAAUCCAUAACUCGAAACUUCUUUAAAACCGAGUUACACACUUCCCUAAAGUAUACAAUUUGAAGAAGAUGUAAUUUUCUUCCAAAUGAGUAAAAAUUCUGAAUAUUUGUAUGCAUGUCUUCCAUGAAAUAUAGUUGAAUUUAUAACGGCACCGAAAAUCAACGAGAACAAUGAAUACCACUUAAGUAGUCAUUUUGUACAGAGUGUACUCUAUGUAGACGGCCGGAAAGAAGUUCAUUCAAAAGCUGGCAUCCCGAAGGAAAUAAUUGAUCGACAAUGGAUCGUCAUCAUAGACUGACACCGCGCCAUUAGGGAGUUGAACCGGACCGACAGUGGAAACAAAGAGUUUAUUCCCCUGACUUCCCAAACUCGUAGUUUAAUCCAUAAUCUCAGAGAGCAAAAAAAACAGAAGAAGGCAGUCGGAUGUGUAGGCCUGUCACGUCAGGUCGCGGAAUAGCAGUCGCAGUGGUAACAUUCCCCGCCCCACUCCGCGACUGCAAACGGAUAACCCCAGAUCAACGAUGAACCAGCGCGACCGUCAGCAGCGGUAUAUACUGUGCCGUAAGAACGAUCGGUGAACGCCCCUCCACCAUUGUAUAUUCCCCAUGGAAACGGACAGGACAACGGGUCCGUGGCUCAGUGGUUAGAGGCGUUGGCCUUCUAACAAACAGGUCGCGAGUUCGAGCCUCGGGUGUCUCACACCUCGGGGUUGGGUAUGACCGGCAGACGACGUCUAAUAAGCUAGAUAUUGCCAUUCAUAACUCCCUUGUCUUUGUCGGUAAUAUUACUCUGUUUAUAUUACGCGCCCCUGUGCGUCUGCUGGUUGGGCUCGAGAAAGAGCCCUUAGGCACAAUAAACAAGUGAGUUCCAUGAACACAAUCAGUGAGCGCCCCCUUCCACAUUCUUCACCGUUUCCCGCAGCCCUACUGUCCCCGCAUUGGACGCGGCUAGGCCUCCCUGGUAACUCCAUCUGUAGCCAUACUAAAGCAGUAUUCACCCUUUAAAAUCAUAGCGAACAUCUACACAUUUGUGUUGCGGCACGCAAAACACGCAGUAUAUAGGAUGGAAUUGCAGACGCCUACCAAUGUGUAAGCUCCCAGCAUGUUGCAAGAUGCUUUUAAGCCUUUUUAGCGUUAUUUGGUUAUGGUGUGAGCGGUGUAAUCAGUCGGUGAUUAAUCUCAUCCAUCUUCAGACACCUUGACCAGUUGGUCGCUACAGUCGGCUACUGUGAGCACAGCGAUGACCGGAAAAAAAGUCAUCCGGCAGUGCGAGCCUAACGAGUCUCCCAAAAGUUGUCUCUCUAACUCAAGUACGUCGCUCUUCUCCCUCCCCGGAUUCUCAGUUCCCCUCCUCCACCCGACUGCGAUGUAAGAGAAAAUCAAUAACUCCUAACAGACAAAUGACUGUAUUGGAACCCAUUGAAAAUGCCGACAAGAAACAGCUUAGAACUUUGUGGCCAUUCUUCCAACAGACCUAGAUAAUUAACCGUUUUUGGCGCCAAGCUUAAUGAAAUAACUUUUUUAAGCAGAAAAAGUGCGGUUCCAAAUUAUCCCCGAAAGCUACUGCACGCAGACACUCAGCACUAAUUUUUGAAGUAUGUGGCAGAUCUCCAUUGUUUGGAACUUCUUGCCCAAAACGGUCAGGACAUUUUUGACUGCGUCACAGUUUUACAAUGAAUGCCUUGUUGCAGUCAUCGGUUGGUUAUGGCAUAGUGGUCUGUGGAAUGUAUUGCGAUGUCGCGACUUGUAACAACUUAAACAAUUACAGCAUUCUUCAAAAAAGACACUGACCUUAUUCCAGUCAAAAGGCGGAAUGGACCCAUCGUAAUUUUGUGGCUUCUAAUGCAUACCUAAAGGACUAAAGACCAACCACCAAAUCUUUCUCGUAAUCGCCAGAGUAAAGGUGAAAUGGUGUAACAAAUGCUUGCGCAUGUUUGAUUGGAUUUACCGAAAAAUUUCGAUGGAAAUUUGGGACUUGCAAGAAAGAAUCAAAAAAGGGAUUAGGAUGCAAGCAAACAACGGAUGUCGUGACAUCUCUUGAUGACCGUGCGUAAAUUUUGACUGACUACUUUGGGAGACGCAUAACACCUUAAACAUUUCUCAUAAGUUACUGUCAAGUCCUAAUUUGCCAAAAGUUCAUGCGUUAAUCUCCCUCUCUCUCUCUGCAUGUCAGUUAGAUUAUAGUAAUAGCGGACUUGCGGUGCAACUAUCUCACCCCCUCCUCCCGGCGUCAUGACAGAAUCAGAAAGAUCGGAGACGGGAUCGGGUGCAGUGGCUAAACACUUCGUCUACGUGUGCGACCAACGCCUGAUCCUCGGACGACGGACCAGGUUUUCACAGAAACACGAAAGGUGUCGCUGGAAUCCCAACUGAGUUGGGAGUGCCACGGAGGCCAUAGGCGUAAGGGACAUCAAAUAAUUUAGUAAUAAACUCGCGUUCAUGCGAAUAUAAAAAAGAUAAUUUCAUUUCGCCGAGGCUCAAUGACAGGUUACGCGUGCAAGGGAGGAGUAUGGUUACGAAAUAUUUAUUCUGACACCUAGGAUGAGGUAUCUCGGUUGUGUUCAACGACUCCAGUCAAACACCACAGCGCUGUGAAAUUCGAAAAACAAUUCUGAAGAAGCCGAUCCUCAGCUUUUCCAAAUUUUAAGUUUAAGUGGAGUACUUCACUUUUUCCCGGAUGUACACAAGUGGCAUUAUUAAAUUUACGAGGAGGAUGAUUCCCAUUGGUUAAAGGAAAUGGAAAAAUGUACAAUAAAUGAGUCGACUUACCAGGCCUUGGCUUCCAAGUCAAUGCUACUUGAAUUAUUUUUUAUGCAACCGUACUAAACUACCUCGCCAGCUUUCUGCUACAACUAACUCUUUGACUGACAGCCAGGGUUUAAAAAGUUUUCAGAUAUUUUUGCUCAGAUAAGAACGAAAUAUUUUAAAACUUCCGUUAUUAGGCAUUUUUUAAAAAAAGUUGCAAAUAGCAAAAUCAGCAUAAGACCAUGGAAAAAUUAAAUAGACAAAGAUGGGAUAGUUCCAGAAAAUGCAGGCGGCUCAGUAUUGCCUAUUUUCGUUGUAUGGGAAAUCUGUGCUCACUGAGUGAACAAGCACAUUACAACUAGAAAAUGGUCGCUUUACCCGAAACUGCCUAUUCUAAGCAGCAGAUUGCGUGGGCUUGUUGUUUUAUAUAGUUGGCUUAGGGGCGGAAAGUCAGUGCUCAUAUGCCUCUGUUUCGCAAGCAUCCGGCCAUAGAAAUGUCACAGAAACUCGUAUGGUCAAGGCUAUCAAGAGCUACGCGAACUUCAGCCAACGGUUGUGGCGAAGAGGGUUUCUCUGAAGCAUCAUCUUUCGUCAUCGGACCUCUCUGUCUUUGUUGAGCGUCCGUAUUCCUGAGCAAAUUCUAGGCGCUGUUCAGCUAAGCUGGAGCCCGACAGCAGGCCAAAAGGCUUCACCUUGGCUCCAGCAAAGGUACAGGAUGGAGUGACGAUAUGAGGUUCGCCGAUUUGUUGCGACUGUGUGACGCAGGUGCGGUUCAUCAGUGAGUCAUAGGCCUUCCCCAAGUCGUUCGCGUUGUAAGUCCAGCAAGCAAAUGAAGCCAUCAUUCAGCCGUCAUCGAUGGCAUUUAGCAGAAUCCCGAGCCCUGCCCCAAAUAGCGUCGUUCUGUUCAAGUUCGAGGUGACUGUUUUCAUUUGCUCGGUGACCGCUUGAGCGUCGGCCACAUAAGUAACAGCUUUUUUAAUCGAGAUUUUCGCCGCAUAAAGUUGAAAUUCAACACAUCCUUUACCUGGACAUUCUGAGCUGCGAAUACGAACGUUUUUUCUUGUUCGUUGACGGUGUCUCCAUUCGAAAUUCGCCGAGACGAAUGCCGGUGUCACUGUCGAAUCACCCUCGUUACUUCACUUGCGGGUCACCGUAACGACCAACAUUUACGAAAUUCUCCCCUCUCGUCCUUUACCAAAUCAUGACUUGGCACGCACUGUUCCCUAUUUUAAACAGUCGGAGCGUGUCAGAUCUUCGGUAAUGGUCUGUUCAAUCAUGGCAGUGAAACUUUCUUUUGGUCGACUAAUUGCCUGAUUUUCGCUACCUUCUUAGGCUAGUAAAAUGCUCCUUACAUGCAAGCAACCUCUUCUCACAGUGGUCGAAUCAAGGACUGCGUUUGCCCGAAGGGAGAUGUCUGAAAAACAGGGCAUGCCAAAUUGCAAAGGAAUCCCAUAACUUUAUCCUGUUUCGAAAAUUAGUUUAUUUUAAUGUACGGUUUCGGAACUCAUGAACUACUUGAAACGAACUUUGCCGUGAAGCGCAUUUACAGGUAGGUUCAUACUGAAACAGCGGAAACUCCUGAAAUACAGUGAGCGAUUUAAGGUUUGUGAAAAUUCCCCGCUCUUUCGGGUCGGGUCAUAUUCCUAUAUACUCCUUUAUAGAUAGAUAGGAUGAUGCGGAAAGGACAAGGAAAACCGGAAUGGCUAUUUCUGGAUUGUUAGCCAACAUCACAACCAACAGGACAACGGCGGAUUAUUAGACGCAAUGGCCAAAGAACAAGGGUUCGUGUCUCUGGUGCUCCUUAUCUAGGCUCGAGCAUGACUAGUUGAUACUGGCUAACAAACCAGAAGUGGCCAUUCCAAUUUCGCCUGUCUUCGUCGCUGCAAACUCAUCCACCUAGUGUUACUAGUCACUCUGCAAAUGUCUGCACCUUGCGUAACCUAAUUGGUGGGCGUUCCUCUACCAUAUUCCACUGUAUUUUAAAAUUUACUGUCUAAAAAUGAGAAGCAUUAGCUGGCUCUAGAAAGCAAAGCAUCUUUACGUUACCGUUGCCUAAAAGUGUGUUCCAACCCUCCUUGUAAGAAAUAAAGUACUUUACGCGAAUAUCAGUAAUGACGCCGAAAAAAACUGUGUAGUGAGGUCAACCCAAAAAUGGGCGGUUUCCAAAAUUCUAUAUUGAUGGCCCGUCUGUCACUGCAGAUUAAAUAAUGUGCAAUCAUGUUUCAUUCAUACAAGCCUCCUAAUUGCAACUAUUUGCAUAACACAGACGGCCUAUAUAUAGAUAUACAUAACUGAAGAUUCCAGGGGCCUUUUCAACUGUAAUUUUUCUUGACCAUUAAACGAGUGCCCUAAGGCAUAAUGAAGUUGCAACUUAAACCAUGGAGACGCGGACUUUUAUUCAGAACACCUCCCUCCCUUCCCUCAUUGAUGAAUUCACCGAUAUACGUGAGCAGCUGAUUUCAGCAAACACCACGAUCACGGCACAGUCGAUGGUACUCGGCCUACGUAGCCCGACCCCGUCAACACUUCUGUUGGGGUGGUUCUCGCCGCUACCUGUUAGUUCACACCUCGAAGUCUUCACCUAGUAUUCGUUGAUUAGUCGUCAGCGCGCUUAGGAACUUACUCCUGUUUACGUCAAGCGAAACUGCUAAUGAGCUUAGGACACGGUCGACUCAAUCUCUCCCUCUCUCUAUCUCACUCUCUUGCUUGUUCUGGGACAAUGCUCGGCUGAAAACAACUUCUUCAGGAAAAAUCGGUUACUGACCACCAUUUACUGUUCGAAGUUAUGUCAAAAACACGGGACUCUAAAAGUGGUUAUGUUAAGUGAGCAAUGAAGGCGAACAAGCCUCCAGGACGGUUGUGAGGAAUUACUAAUUUAGGUGUUGGGCAGGUGUGUGUUGCCGUAUUUCCCAGACAAGUCGAUAAGAGGGGCCUGUGUGAGCCCAGAUCACUGCAUACAACGUGGGUAGGGGUUGGCUACGCUGCCCUAGUCCAAAGUGUAGGUGCAAUGUGGGCAUUGCAAGUAAAGAAGGCCGAAGGAGGAUGCUUAAAACGUUAGUGGGAAAGUAGCCAAAGCUAAAACGGAAAAGGGCAACCUGAUGUUUCGGUUUAGAGGUUGGGUUUGUAUUAGGGUUUUGGUUAGUGUCAGGCUGAGAAUUGAGUUUAGGGUUUGUGUUAAAUUUAAGGGUUCUGGUUAGAGUUAGGGUUUGAAUUGCAGUUUAGGUUUACGGUUAAUGUUGAGAUUGGGGCUAGGGCCAGUGUUAGGGUAGGGUUACGGUUAGGUUUAUGGCUAGGGUUUGGGUCGGGAUCAAGGUUAGGGUUAGGAUUUCGGUCAGGGUUAAGGUUAGGCUUACGGUUAGGGCUGGGGUUUGUGGUAAGUUUAGGCUUAGGUUUGGUGUUGAGUCUAGCAUUAACGUUAUUUUUAUAAUUCCGUUAAGGAUUAGGCUUACUUUUGAGGUUACGAUUAGGUUUGCUGUCAGGUUUGUGGCAUUGCUGCUCCGCCUGUUCCAUCAACUAGGUCUUUUGCGGAGAUUCUAGGCUUUCAUCAAUCCCACGGCAAAUCUGUCAUACAUCAGGUUGGCUUUUCCAUUUCGGCUUCGGCUACUUUCCCCACUUUUUCCCCUAGAGUGUGAUCACGUCCAGGCAUCCCCUCCCCUCUUUUGUGCCUUUAGACACCACUUCCACCGCGCACCUCUGGGUUGGAACAAGUCGCGGCGUCUUCUUCACCCUGACUGUCGACCCCUCCGACGACGCUGCCUCCACCUGCAGUGUCGGAGGUGAGUGACUGGCUUGCCAUCUUUGAGGAUCAACCCUUGUUUCCUUUUGUGGAAGCUCUCUGACCCGUCCUUCUACCUGGCCACAAGUGUCUGCUCGAUUGAAUUCAGAUCGGGUUUUCCAAUGGGGCACACAGAAUGUUGUGUUAUUCGACCGAAACUAGAUGUGGGGAAGUGGUUGGUACUACUGAAAAUCCUAAUUAAGGAGGGGGCAUCAUCGGUCAGGUUACGAGAUGUGCUUACUCCAUCGCACCCUGAGGCUCAAUGAAGAGCCCGUGUCGCGAACUGUCAUGUAACGGUCAGUAGUAUGUGCAGGAAUGACUACUGACAAAGACGGGGAACCGGGAUUGCCGUUUCUUUUCUUCCUAGCCAUCGUCAGCCAACCACGCCCAACUUAACAUAUGGAUAACUUGAAAUUCGAACCGAGAUCCCUUGGUCACUUAUCGUUACGUAGUUGAGCGCUCCAUCAUUGAGCCACCGAUCCGUUGCCCUACUAACAUCAAAUAAGUUGGAUGAGGAGGUGCCUCUGAAAUAGUAUACGCUCCUAACAUUCAUCUUUCUAGCAGGGCUAUUCUCACUCUAAAACUUUCCUGUCUUCCCAUUCGUUGUCGGCAGGGAGUACCUGAAGGAGCUUACUUCACAUAGAAUGGCCUUUGAGAAAACAUCCUGUUUGUCGACGCUUCGGCCCAGUUCUACCGGGCGCUCCCAUUGAGCAUUAUAGGUCUACAAUUAGGAUAUUACUCUUAUCUAAAGUAGAACAGUCUUCCGUCUCCUGUGUACAUGACCUACAAAUCAUUAUUCUAACGAGGCGACUUCAUCCCCUAUCUUUCGUUCAGGUUCCUUGUUCCGACUGGAGGGUGAGGCUGUGUCGAUCGCUUUCCUCGAUUCUCUUGGUGAGAUCUGCGUACCACCAGCGACUAAGUGGGAUCUCGGAAGCAGUGCAAUUCCUCGACUGACCCUGGUGCCGAAGCAGGAGGAGGAGGAGGAGGAUUGUGUUGAUGGGGGCGCCACACGCAUGGUCGCCGAUCAGGAGUCAGGCUUCGGGGACUCGCUCAAGCCCACCACCGGUACGUGCAGUGUCUCCGUAGCAAAACGUCUGGGCCCCGGCGCUCCCUCCACGGGUGCCCACCUCAUCGGCAGUACAGCACCUCCGACCGCGAGGCGAGACCAGUCAGCCAAGGGCGCCGGGCGCUGGUCCGCUCUGAAAUUAGGUGCUGGCGGAAGCGGUGGCUCUUCACCCGCAACACCAGGUACUGCUUACCAUGUAUUACGCUUUCAUUUUUUCUCAGUUACUGCAAAGAAGGUUUUUAUGGCAUUUCCGACAGUUUGA